AUGGCGACAGAGGACGAUUUCUUGGCGGAGCUGUUGUUUGACGACGAUGAUGAUGUUGAGGGCGAGGCUCCAAUGGCGACCCUGGCCACUGACCAGACCCCGCUGCCUCUCCCUGCCGCCGGCCUGGCCCAGCCGCCGCCGCACUCGGCGCCGCCUGCGCACCCGCACACCCUUGCUGGCGACUCCGCGGUUCUGGCUCUGGCAGCCAGCCACCCGCACGACGUCUUCCGGCUGGCGCUCUUUGUGCGCCGCACGCUAGGCCUGCAGCCAGGGCAGACAACUAGCCUGCGGCAGAUGCUGAGCACGCCGCACCUGGCAGGGCAGGAAGUGCGCGUGCAGGCCCACGGCGGCGGCGUGCUGGGACGCGGGCAGCUGGACGCGCUUGGCAGGGUGGCCUGCGCCUGCGCCCAGUGCGGCGGCGCCCGCAGCUUUGCGCUGGCAUUCUUUGCCGCGCACUGCGGCAGCGCCGCCCUCAGCCCGGCAGAGGCGGUGGUGGUCCUGGAAGCCAACAGCCUCAGCCUGGCGGCGCUGCUGGAGCUGAUCAACAGCCCGCACCUUGCCGCUGCCGCCGCCGUCGCCGAGUGCCAGCAGUGCGGCGAGGGCGGGGAGCUGGUGUGCUGCGACGGCUGCACCGCUGCCUAUCACGAGCAGUGCGCUGGGCUGGAAGCAGUGCCCGAGACCGACUGGUUCUGCCCAAUGUGUGUGGCAGAGGCGCAGGCACGCAGCGGGGUGCCCGUGGCAGCAGGCCGCGCCCAGCCGCUGGCGGUCGCUGCACCGCUGCAGCCGCCGCCACUGCAGCCUGUCGGCAAAGACCGCAUCGCCAGCACCAGCACCACCAGCACCAGCACCAGCAGCAGGAGGGGGCGCCCUGAAGCGCCCGAGGCUUGA